GUGAUAAAUAAGAGUAUAUGUGAUAUAAAACUUUUCGUUCUUGUAAAUCAUAGACUGAUAAAAGGAGACGGAUUUACACAUUGUACAUUUUACGUAAUAAGGCUCUUAACUAUUUUGCUCACUUAAAUGUAUAUGAACAGAAUACAUUAAGUUACUUUAUACAGCACUGAGAAUAUAAAUAUUACUUUAUAAAUAUGGCAACAUCGCGAAAUUACAGUAAAUCAGUGAUAACCGCAUCGGACAAAAUCAAGGACAUAUUUUGUGAGCCCUGUGUUGGUGAUGGAAAACAGAUAGAAGCGGAAGGAUUCUGUGUGGACUGUUCAGAAUAUCUGUGUGGACAAUGUUAUAACAGUCACGGAAGAUUUAAAGCGUUCAAACACCAUGUGCUCCAGGAUAAGAAAAAUAUGCCUGUUGAUGUAGCAAGCACAGGUGUACUUGAUGUGUGCGUAGAAAAGUGUUCUAAACAUCCAACAAAGGUUACUGAAUACUUUUGUCGGUCAUGCGACACACUUGGAUGUAGUGCGUGUAUCACUACAAACCAUCGCCAAUGCCAAAAUGUCGGCCACGUACCGGACAUUGUUAUAGAUCUAGAAAACAACGAGGAAUUCAAAAAGUUUGCUGAAUAUUUCGAUGAAAACCUUACGUUGCUGAAAGAAAAAAAGAACAAAAUUAAUUCUAGAAAAACUGAAGCAGAGGAAAUGAAAAAGCAGGCAAAGGCAGAGCUUAAAAAGCAGCGUGAUACGAUAAACAAGUUUUUCGACCAUCUUGAGGUUGAAAUGGACAAAAAGAUAAUGGACAUUGACAAGAAUAACAAGGAUACAUUAAAAGCAGCGUCAGACAGAUGUAAUAUCAUAAAUGAUGAACUAAACAAAAUGAAAAUUGCUGUCGAGACAAACAGGAAAAAUGGGCAAAAAUGCGAACUGUUCAUAAAAAUGAAAAGAUCGAAACCGGAAAUUGAAAAGCUUGACAGUCAGUUCAAAAUGCUUUAUGAAGAGAGCAACGUACAAAGAUAUAAACUAGUGCAAUCCGCACAGACAGAGGAAAUAAUGAAAAACACAACUGAAAUAUGUAGAAUGUUAACUGCAAAACUUGUUUCAGAGAUUGAUGUAAGCUCUUGCAAAGACAAGAGAAAAACAUGGGUAAGUGGGAUGUCAGUGGUACAGGGACAUUACCUUGUAGUUGCAGACAAUAACAAAGCAGUAAAAAUAAUAGAUACAAGAACUGGCAGAGUAACGUCUGAAAUAACUUUGGAUUGUGAUUAUGUUGGGGCAGUCACAAAUGUCAAGGGCGGUCAAAUUGUAGUUUCACUGAUAACUGAUAAACCUGAAUACAAGAAUAAUCUUCUCACACUGACUGUAUCAGCGUCUGGUUUGCUAAGUAAAGGUAACGUGAUAACAAAUAGAAACCCAGCUUUCGAUGCUAUUGGCAUUGCACAACACCUCUAUGUGUUACAUUACAAAGAAAUCACUGUGCUCGAUAUGCAUGGAAAGGUUCUGAAAACAAUAGAUUCUGACUGCCGUUCUCUUCCUUCUACAGCUGUAAGUCCUGACAAGAAAACCAUUUACCUAACAAACUAUUUCAAUAACAGCGUAACGAGUAUGACCGUGGAAGGCAAGGUCACAGCAACCUACAAGGACAAGGAUCUUAAAAAUCCCUGUGGUAUAACAGUAGACAAUGAGGGCUUUGUUUAUGUAAGAAGUGAUGGAAGCAUUCAUCAGUUGACAAAGGUCUGUACUAAGGUUCAAAUUAUCUUAGACGACCUGCUUGGUAAAUGCAUAACCCAUUCUGAUGUAGAUAAUAGACUCUAUGUGGCUAAAGGUGAGAAAGUCAAAGUGUAUGAAUUGAAGUAGGACGUUACAAUCAAAGUUCAAAAAUGUAAAUAUUAGACAUUCUGCAGGAUGCUUCAGACACGUAAACUAUCGACCCAAUAAAGAAGACUUCUGAUUUAUAGGGCAUGUCAAUCUAUAACACUUUCAAAGAAAAAUAAUAUGAAAAUCUAGAAAUCUUAUAGCUGAAACUAAAUAAUUGAUAAUUCUCCAUAUAUGUUAAUGAUUAAUCGUCUGUCGAUAAUGAAAAUGAAAUUUGCUGUUUGAAUAUUUUAAACAAGUAACAUUACCAUAAGUGACGGUGAACUAAAAAUUGAAGUGUUUUGACAAAACUUGUACUGUAUAUUCUAAAUUUAAACUAAACUCGUUCUAGUUGUUGUUGCCGUGAUUUUCCUGCCGUAUAACGAUAUCCGUUCGCUUGUAAUUAUAGACUAAUUGUGCAUUGUUGUUUAAAAUUAGGCUUAUUUAAUUACCUGAAGACUCCAAAAUAUAGAGGUUCAACUAAAAAUCAUUCACGUGCUACGUGGCCGUAUACUUAAAUACGACUUAUCCCCAUUUCCCUGUGAAGUGUUGUUUGAUUGUGGCUUUUCUCUCUUUACAACCAUCACAUGACACUUAAAAGACUGUUUUUUGUGAUAGUAAAUAGAAUUAAGAUUAUCCUUUGGAAGCAUAAAACACAACCAAACAAAGUGAUAGCAAACUUGUUUUCAUUAUGUCUGUUUAUUUAUUAUAUGUAAUAAAUGUGAAACUGCCCUCAUAUCCCUAGCACUGGCUUAAACAGUGUUAUCUAUUAUAGUAAAACUGAAUGGGUUGGUUAAAAUCCGAAUCUAAAUUCAUGACGAAUUGUCUCAAAAAUAUGAACUUGACACAAUUUGAGGCAGCAGUGUUAAAAGAAUCACACUUUGCAUGUCUUGAUUACGGUGUGCCUUCUGAUAUUUUCAAUUUAAUGUUACCUUCCAUAGCAUGUUUGCUCUCUUGUUGGUUAGCUGUUGUGAAUAAUGUGUUGCUUUAUUACCUAUUAUUUUAAAAUGGAAAGCAAAUGACAAAAGAUCAUCGGCUAUCCAAAAGGCACUUUAUUUUUUAUGAAUGACAUUUGAAUACACUGAUUCUGAAGCAAUUUGUAUCAUUUCAUUAUAAAUGCUCUCAAAUUUCUUGCUACAGUUUGGAAUUUUGACAAAGAAAGGCCCUGCCUUAAAAAUAGCCUUUGAUAGGUAAUUUAAUUGAUAUUCAAUCUUUAUUUGUUAUGACUGAUGCAUAGUUUCUCUUAGUAUUUUUCUUAAUGUUCCAGUAUAUCCAGGAAUAUACCACCAUAAAGUAAAAUUCAGUUUUUGUCUGUACAGUUUCAAAUAUUAAAAAAUA